AUGAAAUUACUUAUGCAUAAUUUCCUGUCGUCCGUCUUUCUGAAAGGGGUCACAGGAGGUUAUCCACUGAUUUUGUCAGCGACAAAGAAAGAAAUAAAGCAACACAAAUAUAACGAUUCGUUUAUGCAACGGAUAAUUCCAAAGCUGAACUAUGAUGCUUUACUAGAAGCAGCGCUAAGUAUAGAUGAAGGUGAUAAAUUACCCAGGCAAUUGCCAGAAAAGUUGGAAGAUGAGUUGAAGAAUGAGUUGCAUCGCGUAUUGGUAUGUGUUGAAGUUAUCGAAGGUGAAUUGAAGUGCCCUGAAAGUGGACGAGUUUUUCCAAUUCAUGAUGGUAUACCAAAUAUGCUCGCAGACGCGAAUGAGGUCAAAUAA